AAAAAAAAAAAAAAAACCGGAGGACAGGGAUAGAUAGUGACAACAAAUCCUGAGCUCGUGCGAACGAUUUCAAAGAACCAAAUCCCUAAAGAGGGCUGCCAUUGCUGUGAGCUUCAAAUCUGAAAUCGUUGCGCUCAGAUUCAUAAUUCCCAAUGUUGAGCUUUCUUCACAAACCCCAGUUCCGCAUCCAACGAAUCAUCCUCGCCUUCCUCAAUACCAACUCCAAUUGUGCUGGCGGAGCCAAUGUCGACGGCCAUCGAAGCUCAGUACCCGUUCUCAAAUCCUUCUCUACACUCUCUCCUCCAACCUCUUCCUCUCCAACUGUCGACUAUCUCAUUACAUCUCUUGGAAUCUCCCCGGAGUUAGCUCUUGCGGCGGCGCAGACUAUCGGCCGUGAACCAAAACCCAAGUCCGACGAUGUCAUCGCUCUUUUCAGGCGAUACGGUUUCUCUUCCGAUCAAAUCGCUGAAAUGUUCGUCAAAUGCUCCCAGCUUUUCUGGUCCGACGCAGUGAAAACUCUCGAGCCCAAGCUUCAAUUUCUCUCUGAUAGCGGAAUGUCUCGCGAAAAUCUUAUUCUCAUCGUCUCCACCGACCCUUUCCUUCUUAAACGAAGCUUGGAGAAUCACAUAUCGCCUUGUAUUCGGUUUUUGAAGAGCUUCUAUGGCGGCAUCGACGAAGUCAUUUCGCUUUGCUUAGCCAGGCGCGGCACUUGGGUUCUCCGCCAGUUUUCAGAGGCAAUGGCGUCUAAUAUCGAGACACUACGGAGUCAGGGUGUGCCAGAUGAUAACAUUGUGAAAAUGUUAGAAAUUCGACCGAGAACUCUGGCUCAGAACGAAAAUGACUUCGCCGAGCUUGCGAAGGAAGCUAAGAGACUUGGCUUCGACACAUCGAGCUCGUUGUUUAUCCAUGGGAUGGCCAUUCUUUCGGGGAUGAAAAAGGACAAAUGGGUGUCGAAAAUGGACGUUUUCAAGAGCCUGGGAUGGUCUGAAGAGCAAUUUCGGGUUUUGUUCGUUAGACAACCGCAAGUAAUGGGUGCCUCAAAGGAUAGACUGAAGAUGGCAUUGGAGUUCUUUAUCACCAAGUUCCAAUGGGGUCCGAGUGAUUUUUGCAAAUAUCCUAAUAUUCUCUUGUUUAGCUUUGAGAAAAGGAUAUUGCCAAGGACCUCAGUGCUUCAGAUUUUGCUCUCAAAACGUCUUAUAGAUAAGAAGAGUAUCGGUAGGGCUUUCUUUCAUUCGAACGAUGUGUUCUUGAAAAGAUGCGUGGAGCAUCACCAACCGGCCCUUCCCCAGCUCUUAGACUUGUUCACCAUAACAAAGGUUGAGGAAGACGUUGUGUGCAGUGGAAACUAAGAUUUCGAGCCAUGGUAAAUGUGACCUCGAAAGUUGGAUUCGCAACAAAUGGUCUCGUAAGGAUUGAAGUAUGCUCCAGGAUUGUAUAUCGAGCCUGCAAAGUACGAUAUAUGACCUCGAAUAUAUGAGCUCGAAACGAUCUCGAUCUCGAAAGUAGCUCCGAGAACACACUCAUCUUCGGGGACGACUUCGGAUCGGGGGUCUCGAGCUAGAUGUACGUACGAUCUCGAAAGACACGUGAUCUCGGGAGAUGUCAUUAGCUCGAACAAUGACGUGAGACCUGGGAUGCUAAAGCCUUAGAGAUACGCGAUAACCACCUUGAAUAUCUACAAGUAUUAUAAAUAUGGGAUAUAAUCCUCAUUUAUUAAUGUAAAUCCCCAAGAAUCGUGGGAUAUUAUUUGGUCAGUUAUGCGUUUCCUGGUCUUCAGGGGACGUUUCCUUUUAUAUCUGAUUAUAGGCAUUUAAAGCAAUUUAUUUUAUUCACAAAAGAGUAACUACCCAAAAUAUGUGGGAUAGUAUUCUGCAUCACUCUCUAUAAAUAGAGAAGCCAUGCACCAUUGUAAUGAACCGAAAUUCUGAUCCUUGAGAGAAAACUCUAAAGAAUU